GACCACGUGCCACCACGUGAUGAAACUGAUGAGUUACAAGUCCACACCUAUUAUAACCACAAAGGAUGUGCUCUCUUUCUUCUCCGCUAAAGAAAAAAGUAGUCAUAAUUGGAGGAGGAUUUGCUGGCAUAGGAGCAGCCCGUACUCUCUCCUCCUCUCCAGCAGUAGAUGUGCUUUUAUUAGAAGCUUCCGAUAAACUGGGUGGGCGUGUCCACAGCCUUCAAUUGAAAGGUGAAUGUUGUGCAGUUGAAUUAGGAGCUACUGUGUUACACGGCGAGGUUGGUAACUCUCUGUACGACCUAUCACAAGACCUGGGUGUGGUCUUGCACAAGAAAAACGAUUCCGUUCAAAGUGAGUCACUUUUUGUCACCGGGGGAGGAGGGGAAGUCCCUGUGGAGGUCGUGCGUCACUAUGGCAACAUCAUCACGGACCUGUUUGCAGAAAUGUGUGAGUGUCUGGACAGGAGAGAUUGGAGCUAUGAGAUAAGACCAGAGUGGAAGAAGAACAUGUUAUGUGAACAGCCACCAUCUUCACACUUCAGUUACAUUAAUGAGAGGUUUCAGAAUAUCAUACUAAGCAAUGGAAUCACUAACGAUCAUUAUACAUCUGUAACAAAGGAGCCUGAUAAAGGAAUUAUUACAAGUACGUGUAAUGAUGAUGAUGAUCCUAUUUGGGUAACAGAAGGUAUUUUAGAUUAUUGGUUGAAGAGGGAGAGAAUUAAUAAUGCCACAAAUGAGCCCAUUAACUUGUAUGAUGGAUAUCUCGACUUCUCUUAUCCACUCGGUGAUCUAAGCAUUCAAAUUGAGGGAGGCUAUCAAAAAUUAGUCGAUUCGUUAUCUAAAGAGAUACCUGCUAAAAGUAUAAUAUUGAAUAAACGAGUCACUCAAAUAAAAUGGACUCCCGCUCGUCAUAAACAAGCCCCACCCACUGACCAUGCCUCUGUUAUUGUCCAGUGUGCUGAUGGUAGCUUGUAUAGUGCAGAUCAUGUGAUCAUUACAGUAUCUCUUGGAGUACUCAAGUCACAUGAUGUAGAGUUUGAUCCUCCACUGCCUCCCGCUAAACAAAGUGCAAUCUCACAGCUAGGCAUGGGGUUAAUGGUUAAAGUUGUGUUCCAUUUCUCUGCCCCAUUCAUUCAUUCAAAGUACAGGAAAAUUGGGUUUAUUUGGCGGGAAAACGACCGGGAAAGACUUAGCAACUACCCGUGGGUGUGUCACCAGCACUGCCUUCAUCGUGUGGGAGGGAGCAACGUUUGGGUGGGAUGGUUUGUUGGAGACAAUGCUAAAACAGUACAGGAACUACCCAUGUCAAAACUCAAGGAAGGAGCGAUGAAAUUAUUGGAUCAUUUUAUCAGCAAAUAUUAUAUUACUAAGCCUCUCAUUACAUCAGUUACUACAUUCCCUUGGGGUAAAGACCCUCUCUUUCAAGGUAGCUACUCUUAUUGUCCCUUCGCCUCAAGCUCUGAGGACAGGGUAAUACUAGCCACACCCAUUAACGGAGCUACACCUCUUCAACUAUUGUUUGCAGGUGAAGCUACUAGCCCGAGUCUAUACAGUACGACUAAUGGAGCGUACGACACUGGAGUGAGAGAAGGGUUAAAGAUAUUAGAACAGCUUAAUCAAAAUGAUGAGAACAUAAAACCUACAUGAACAUGAAUACAUGUACAUAAAGACCAUAUGCAUACACACACACACAACGAUGAUGUUAUAAAAUUGUUUUAAAAACUCUCGGUUGCACGAAAGCAUCUAAACUGAA